ACUCUACGGCUAACCAUGAAAUUUGACGUUUCAUAACAAUGCGAUAUAUGAAAUUAUUAAAUGUUGAUAUAUUAUAACAUAUUAAAAUGAUGAAAUUUAAUAAAGAAUUUUUAUCCUUUGCCAGUAAAUUCAGUGUACUACCUUUUAAUAUAGGUUUUUCGAGGUUGUUCUACUCAACCACAAAUAGUGUGAUUAAUUAUGAAGAUACUGUUGAUGUUAUAGAUUAUGGACAAUUCGAAAUUAAUAAAAUGCCACAUAAAAAACGUACUAUAUCAAAACUUCAAGAACUUUUUAAUUGUUCACAUGAUCAUGCCACUGAUAUUGUAAAACACCACCCAAUUUUAGUCAAAAGAUCUAUCGAGAAUAUAAAUAAAGCAGUCAGCUUUCUGGAAGAAAAAUCUGUUAAACAAAAUAUUUUAUAUGAUAAUCCAUGGAUCUUGGGAAUAAAGAAUGAUGAACUAAAAGAAAAAAUAGAACUUAUAGAAAUGAUAGAAUAUAAAAAAAUUGAUCAUUUCGUACCAUUUCUUCAAUUAGAAACAAAAGAUCUACAACAUGUAGUUAAAAUAAUGCAAUGUGAAGUUUCAACUGUGCCUGGAAAAAAUCGACUUUAUUAUUUCAAAAAUAUGACUAAGGUAGAAACUAUGGUAAUUUCUCAGCACUUCGCACAAAGGUGGUUUAUAUAUGAAGUAAAUUAUCUUUAUUUUAAGAACAUCUUGACUUUUUUGUUAGAUAGUGGUGUUACACCAUAUAAUAUUUUGCGAGAUCUGUGGGUUUUCAAAUAUCAUCCUGCUAAAAUUAGAGAAAGAAUAACGAUAGCUAAAAGAGCAAAUAGUAAAAAAAUAAUGCCCUGGAUGGUUAGAUGCAAAGAGGGAGUAUUUCAGAGAUUUCUCAGUAGAACCAAAGAAACUAAUGAUGUAUUAGCAAAUCGUUCACUUGAAGAUUAUUUAGGUGAAAAACUUAAGUGUGAUAUGGAUAUGGUGAAAUAUAUCAUUAACAAUAAUCCAACCAUAAAGAAAAUCCAUAUAACUAAGGUACAAGACACAUUGGAUUAUUUAUUAGGACAAGGGUUCUCUGCAUAUCAUAUCGCACAAGCCCCAAAAAUUUUAAGCCAUAGUUUACAAACAACGAAAGAAAGAUUGGAAGAAAUUAAGGCUUUAGGUCUAAGUACCAACUCACUUGUUAUACUUUGUAAAAGUAAAAAAGAAUAUGCGAAACAUUUAAAGGCUUUAGCAAAAUGUAGUAUAAGAGAAUCAUUGAGAAACAAGUGAAUAAAAAUAAAUAAUGAAAUUAUACAUACUUCUAUUUGUUCUACAAUUUUUAUACAUCCU